UCUUUCUUACUUCACUAAUUAAAAACUCUUGUGUCCUAACCAAUCCUGUGCUGGAGUAACACAAAUGGCGGAGGUGUCACCACUUUGGCUGCGGCAUACUCUCUACGUGGGGGAUCUUCACCCGGAAACCACAGCAACUGACCUCGAGGUUGCAUUUUCUGUGAUUGGCCCGUUGGAUUCCUUCGGGAUUCGCAAAGACGCCGUGUCUGGGAAAUCUCUUUGUUAUGCUUUCGUCAACUUCUCCUGUAUUUCUCACGCUUCAAAGGCUCUAGCAUGCCUAAACCAUAAAACCCUGAGAGGAAAGCCAAUGAGGAUUAUGUGGUGGCAAAGGGAAUCAGAGCUAAGAAAAGCUGGGAUUGAGAAUGUUUUUGUCAAGAACCUUGCUCAUUCCGUCACCAGUGCUCAAUUAGAGAGCAUGUUUAGCAAAUAUGGCAUAAUACUGUCCUGA